AUGACAACGGUGGUAAUGAUGAGGGUUGAUGACGAAGGUGGUGAUGGUGAUGAUGAUGGAGAGAUGAUAGUAGUUGUCAACAGUGGGGCGAGUCCGCAACAAUACCGCACACGCAGCUCCGCUAAUGGGCGGGGUAGUACGUAGCCGUUCCUGAAGCCGAACCGACGGUCAACCAGCUCCAUACCCGCAAUCCCGAGAGUCCGUGAGGGGCAAGCAGCCAUCCGCGGCACGCCAUUUUGUUAAACCGCUUAAGUGUUUGGUGCAGGUCAGCAGCAGCAGCAGCAGCAAAAGUGGGGUGAGGGGCGAGGGGUGAUUAUGUGACAGGUGGGUGGUGUAUGCACCUCCCCUCUCCUCCCUCAAAGGAUUCUCUCCCCUCCUCCCCGGGGGUCGAUCAAAUCAAACAACAGCAACCGGAGGAGCAACACCCCGCACACUUACACACGCGCGCAACGGACCGGCAGGAUGGAAGCGUUCAUCUGCGAGAUAGUGGAACCGCGCGUGCUCGACCUGAUCAUGCUUGUACUGCCCAAGUGGAGGCUGCUGCUCUACAUCUUCCUCAUGAAUAUGGUCCUCUUCACGCCGGUGUACGGGUUCGGUGUGCUGCUGAUCGGUGACACCGACCUCACGCUGAUCUGCCCGUCCGCCAUGCUGUACGGUUGCAACCUCGUGCACCGGGCCCUGUUCCGCCGGCACAACGAUCGCAACACGCACACCCUGCUGCUCGGUGUGGGCGUGCUGUGCACGGGAAUCUCAGCCAGUGGCCUGGCGGCCCUUUAUGCAUCCACCCCGGUCCCGAUCGUCCUGCUUCUGUACGGUGUCGUCGGUGGCUACGGUUAUCAGCUGGUGUUCUCCAAGAUGUGGAAGGUGCUGGCCAAGGCGUUCAGCGCCCGGAAGGAGAUGUUCGUGAUCAAGUUCCUGCACUCGUGCGGGCAAGCGUGCAGCUUGCUGCUGCUGCUGGCGUGUCUGCAUGUACCGUGGUGGUGCCGGGAGUACGUGUACGGUGCGCUGCUGCUGGUGCUGACCGGGCUCGUCCUGCACCUGGUGCCACUGGCGUUGCUCAUCGAGUACGAGAAGAACCGACUGAAGCUGGAUCUCGACUCGUUGGUGCAACUCACCGAGAAGGGCAACGAACGGUACUAUGGCCGCGUCACUGGUGUCCGGACCGGUGCUGCACCAUCACCAUCAUCCCAGGAGCCAGAGCAGCAGCAGCAGCAGCAGCAGCAACAGCAGCCACCAUUUGAGCUGCCGGCGCCGGAACGGUUCGAGCCCGGUUCGUUUGGUGCUUCAUGGAAGAAUCCGGCCACCUUCACCGUUCCGACCGGCCAGCAACGAUCACCAUCGGGCGCCCAGUGCUCGACGAUGCCACUGGCCGGCGACGACGAAGACGACGACGACGGCGACGACGACGAUGACGAUGACGAUGAUGAGGAUGAGCACCAGCUGUACGCACGGGAUGGCAAGUGCUUCAAUCAGGAUGGCGUCGAGAUACUGGAGAUGAUCGUGGAGGAGGACGAGGAGAGUGUACGGCGAGCAGAGGCGAGCGAUCGUGAGGACGGCGCGACCGAAGCGACCGUGUGGGAGUGCCCACCAUCGCAGGUACCGGACGCAGGCACUGCCAAGUGGAACUGUCUGUUUAGUCAGCUGCUGCGGUUACGGUGGCGGCCAUCACCAGCCGGCAGCAGUGGCGGCACCUACCGUUGCUUGAACCGGCGCCUGGUGCGUUCGGUGAGGUUCGCGCUGCUCGACCUGCGCUGCUACGGUUGCCUGCUGCUCCGAGCCACCGACACCUGUCUGUUCGUGCUGUUCCUCGCCAUUCUGCCCCGCUAUACAGCACACCAGCAGCAGCAGCACCAGCAGCAGCCGGGCGCCACAUCGGUCCGUCUGCUCACCGUCCGGGCGCUCGGUGUUAUAGCGACGGCAUGGGCCGCCUGCUCGCUCCUGCUGCUCUGUUGCGACGUCCGGUUCCGGAAGCAGCAGGACCGGCUGCUCAUCUUCGGCAUCCUCUUCAAGUCUUUCGGCUACUUCUGCGUGUACGCGAGCAUCCGAUCCUCCUUCUGGACGGUGGCUGGGUGCGUGCUGGUUGGGUUCGGCCACUCAAUCGCCUGCGCCUACCAGGAUCUCGUCAUCAAGCGCCAGUUCAGCCAGGCACAGUGGCAAACGGUCAAGGCCGGUCUCUGCCUGCUGACCGGGCUGGUCGUCGUGCUACUAGCCGGCACAGCUAACCUGCUCUACCUGUAUGCCCGCAUCGACCAUCUGCUGCUGGCGCUCCUGCUCGUCUACUGUGCGGCCGGUGCCUUCUGGUUGGCCUGCAAUUGCCGGACCUUCUUCAGCUGAUCGACCACCACCAUUGCCGCCAUUUUGUUACCAGCUCGUUCCUGUUGUUGUUAUUAUUGCACAAUACAGCUUCUAUAGUAUUACGGUCCUGAACGGCCACCGCCAUACCGCCA